CGAAAUCACAUUUUAGACAAAGAAAUACUUAAAAGACGAGGAAAAUAUAUGAUUAAGUCAAGUAAAUACAAGCAGAGACGAUAUGAACGGAUGAUGCGCUCAGCAUUUCCGCCGUCCUUCGUGUCACUUUUUUUGGCAAGUAAUAGCAGAUAUCCUAUUAAAAUACGAAUGAAAAUUUGCUCCCUACUAUCAAAACGUCUUCGGAUCAUAUUUUGUAUACUUUUUUGUUCUUAGGGCAAAGGAUUUUUUACCAAAUUCUCUCAAAACCUUUGCAAAACAAAAGUUUUCCGCCAUCUUUUUUUUUCAACCAUGGACCCUUACGUAUUGGUAUAAAACACACUAGCUGUCUAUUACAAAUUCGGCGUCCUGAUUGGCUGUGUAUAUGACGAUCAGUCGAUUUUCACGAGACAAAUUGUUGAUCGACAAUGGUUGCGACUUUAAUUUAUAUGCACACCUGAUGGUGGAGCCACAAGACUGGAUUGCCGAAAUGUUGGAAUAUAAUUCGACCAGGGAUCCCUUUCCUCUACCCGCCAUUCACCAGCUAGAACCGAGUCAAUCUUCGCGCACGGUAUAUCAUAUUAAUGAAGCAAUAAUGGGGAGUCAGUGCUAAUCAUUCUUACUUACAGCUGAGAGCUAUUCUAAUUGCGAUCGAAUAACUUAAAAGCUGAUUUUCGAAGAACGUGCCUUUGACAAGCCACAUUUUGAUUUGAUUUUUACGUUUGUAGAAAAUGGACACGAAACGCAGCAAACAUCAUCACCAAGAAGGUUUGUUUAACUUGGCUCUGCGGUAAUACGACUUGCACGUUCCAAAGACCGAGGGGCAUUUUACUCGCAAUGAAAACAAAAUUAAAUACUUUACUUGUAGUUACAUGACUGAAUCACCUUAACUUACUUAUUUAAAUAUUGGGUCGUUAUUGUCGCUUAUUUUGUUGCAGGAGCUUUAGUUUUGUAAACUUUGUCUUUUUUAAUGUUUCUUAUUAAUAGAUCUUAUAGUUCCUGAGCAAGCCUGCCUGAAUGACGCCAUUGAUGACGACGACAUUCGGCGAUUGUGGUCUUAUAAUAGUACAGCUGGGGGUAGAUACGUUUACAUGACAAAUAACACUGCGCGAGGAGGUAAUCCAUAGGUCUCUCGAAAAGGUCUUUUAUUUACAAAAAAAUCCAUAAAAUUUGCCUUAAAAUGCAAUGCUUUCACAUGCAAUGCUUCAAUGUACAGUAAAACCUCUAUAAUUUGUAUUACAUGAAGUACGUGUAACAUCACAAUAGCGUUGUGUCACUAUGUAAUAUAUAUCCCCAAGGUUGGCAAGUAAAUACAAAUUUAACACUGUAUACACAAACUUAAUGACGAAAAAAUUCGUACAUAAACGUCGAAAUUCACUUAAAAAACUAAGUCACUAUGGUAAGAAAUAACUUUAAUUCUUCUACAUUGUGUUUUUUUGUUCUCUCAUCGCUUUAAAACGAGUUAAUUUUGCGAAUAUUCCGAGGAAAAUGGCUCAAUUUGGUCAAAACUAUGCGGGAUGACUGCUCCCGGCGUUACGUCACAAAAUAAAGCUCUCUGAUUUGCUGAAAAUGUAUAAAAUUUCAAAAAAACUCUCCGAUUGGCUGGCUGAAAUUUCCCAGCGAAUCAGAGAGCUUUAUUUUGAGAAGUAACGCCGGGAGCCAUCAUCCCGCAUAGUUUUGAUCAAAUUGAGUUACGAAUUUGAUGAAUUUUCCUCGGAAUUUUCGCAAGAUUAACUCGUUUUAAAGUGAUGAGAGAACAAAAAAAAACAAUGUUGAAGAAUUACAGUUAUUUCUUACCAUAGUGAGCUAGUUUUUUAUGUGAAUUUCGAUGUUUAUGUACGAAUUUUUUCGUCAUUAAGUUUGUGUAUACAGUUGUAUUUACUUGCCAACCUUUGGGAUAUAUAUUACAUAAUGACAGAACGCUAUUGUGAUGUUACACGUACUUCAUGUAAUACAAAUUAUAGAGGUUUUACUGUACAUUGAAGCAUUGCAUGUCAAAGCAUUGCAUUUUAGGGCAAAUUGUAUGGAUUUUUCUUAAAAUAAAAGACCUUUUCGGGAGACCUAUGGGUAAACUUAUGAAUUUAACAAUAUUCUACACUCGUGUUUCAAAUAUAAAUGACCAAAACCUUUCAUUGCUUUCCUCUCACAAAUCAAUUAUCUAUUUCUUGAGGGUCUUUAUGAUAAGUCUUUGGGUCCUGUUGUUCUGGUUACAGGGAGUGGUAUAUGAAGGCGUGUACAUGUUACGUUGGCUGCAUGUAACAUACUGGGUUUAAUUAAUUAUCAUUCUUCAUCUAUAGAUUGUUCUGGGUACGUUGUGGAGGCAACAGGCGAAGCUCAAGGAAAAACUAUGCGUAAGACAGUAAAUAUUGUAUGCUUUAUCACAAUCAUGAUUAAGAUACUAUUCUUUCAAACAUCACGCAUCGAGUACCAACAUUGGUAAAUUUAUUGCGUCUUUCUAGCUAAGGGCCAUUCCAUACAUUUCCCCAAUUCGCUUCCUACAUGGUAAGAAACACUAGCAAUCAUUAAUGCUCAACCUAGACAAAUUCACAUAAUAUAAUCCCUAUCAUAAUACGCUGGAACAUCCCCGCUAACAUUUAAUUUUGCGCGGUUGGCUGGGGGAAAAUGUUAUUUAAUUUAAACACGCCCGAAUUUAUCAAUAUGAUAAAUUCGCGGCACAUUUUGAAAUUAUCGAUAGAAUAAAUUAUAAAACCACAAGCAUUAGGCAAGAGUUUUUGUUAUAAAUGUAAUCGCACUAAAAGGGAGGCUGGUCGCGCAGGGUUUGGAAGAUCUCCAGAAAAAGUUUAAAAAGCUAGAUUUGCCAGAUUAGGGUUAGGGGGUAGUUAGAUUGGGGUAAGGUGUUAGUGUUAGGGGUUAUAUAUGUGCCGCGAAUUUAAUUUAUAUUGAUAAAUUCGGACGUGUUUAACAAUUUACUCAUAUAGUGAAUUCAAAGGUGGAGCUCAUGCUGCAAUGGUGAACUUUCUGAAGACAUACUGGGCGAGAUAGUGAAAAACAUUAUUCAAAAACCCGCAAAAUCGUAGAUAAGACAAACAGCCGAAAAACAGUUUAUUUGUCUUUGUUUCAUAACAAAACAUCAGGGGCAAUAGACGGUAGGAAACUUGCUUUAAAACUGAUGUUUCAUAUCUAGAAAAAAAAACUUUCCAGAGAAAAGUAAAAGCAUUACACACUAGCUGAUUUUUUAAAUAAUAUGUAAAUUAUCAGAGAAGCUUAUAACGCAAAGCAAUAUAUCAAGGAUAUUUCAAGGACGACUUUCGACUGACUAGUCCACUGUGUUGUGGACAGUGUUUCUGUUUUGACGCCUUCUGUUGGGCACGUUGUUCUGACAAGGUUUAAAUCGGUAUAAACUCGAUAAUACCUUCAUAUGUUGUGAAUAAAUAUCAUUAUCGAAAGCCAUGCCUCUGUUUCCAGGAUUGUUCAGUACUUGGAGCUGCGAAUCUGUAACUGACUGUUCAUGGUCGAAAGUCAUACCGAGUCAUGCUAAGUGCCAGAGUUGACUCAUAGCUAUAGUGACAUGCCUAACUUUGUACCGAUGCGGUAAAUGGGUUUCUCUACAAGCUGCAAGAAGCUACCAACCAAAAUAGUAGGUUUGCGAAAAUGUCAUUAUGUUCUAUCAUGCCAGAUUUUUAAAAAUCUACCUCGCCUAUAUUAGCGAAAUCUUAUUUAAUUCAGUUUUGAAAGCAAUUAUAAAGCAAACAACGCAUCAAGUUUUAGAACACACGUAACUUCAUUAACGUCGGCGUCUCUGCUCCCUUCUUUUAACAAGCUUCUCGGCUGUUUUUCUCAAAAAACUUUUCAAAUAUACAAAAUCUUGCAAACAUGAAAAAAACAAUUGCAAGAAAUGUUUGUUAUUUUUCUGUCGUCAUGCAGUCGUUACGAUGCAAAGUUUAAAUUAAUAGCCCUACUAGUGUGUGCUAUUCAUGACAUUUAGUUUUUGAAAGUUAGUAAAACUGCCAAUGAUUUCGAAUUUUAAAAGAUAUGCAGAGCAAAUAACUCAAAAUGGUAUAACGCAUCUAAAUAUUUGGAAAAUUUAAGAGUAGGAUCAAAGUCUUCGUCAGUAAAAAUCGCAAUAUCGCAUCGCGUUGUCGGAUCGCGUCCGGUAUGUCUGGACCUUUAGAUCCAAAAUUGUAUAUAAUCUUCCGCUCGAAAUCUUCAUCUAGAAAAGCCUUCUUAACGGCUUUUCCUCCAUGAAUGACUGUUAUCAUUGUCAAUUAAUUGGCUGCUACAAAAGGGAAGAUGGAAUGUUGGAAUGUGGAGUUUCGUUGGCGAGGGUUGGAUCGACGAGGUUGUAGUCAUAAGAUCGUCAACGAAGGAGACUAGUAAAAGUAGCGAAAAAUAUCUUAGGGAAAUAUUCGUUAAUGGGAAUUCUACCAUAAUGCAAAAAUAAAAAUCUGGUAUAGAUAGCAAUAAUCAUCAUGCAGUUGAUGCAGCUUGAUGCGCCGUAAUCUUCAGUAGCUCGUCAACAUUUCAUCUAACCUGCACAAAGUGAUACAGUAAUUACUGAAACAUCGAAUGCUGUUUUUCAAAACCUUCUCAAACCUAAUCUCAAAAAAGCUCAUGGUCCGGAUGGCAUACCGUCCUUGCUCCUAAAAGAAAACUCAGAUCUAUUAGCUGGCCCGAUAGCGGCCAUUUUGAACUGUUCAUAUCGGGAAUGUACCCUACCACCAGUUUGGAAGAAGGCGGACGUAGUUCCAAUACCGAAAGAAAAGCCUAUCCAGGAUGUCAAUCGUCAGUUACGUCCUAUUUCACUUACACCUAUUCUAUCGAAACUCGCAGAAGAAUUUGUUGUAAUGAUUUAUGUGAAGCCAGCAGUGACGGAAUUGAUCGAUAGUAAACAAUUUGGAACGGUGCCGGAUAGUUGUACGACAUAUGCUCUUGUAAGCAUGCUACACAAUUGGAAUAAAGAUAUGGAUGGUAACCGUUCAACAACUGGAGUUAUGACGUUUGCUUUCCGUAAAGCGUUUAACUUAAUAGACCAUAAUAUUUUAUCGGAGAAGUUAACAAAGUAUAACAUACCGAGGUCUGUCAUGCUUUGGAUCUUAGACUUUCUGACUGACCGAGAACAGAGUGUAAAACCCAGCCAAGAUUGCCAUUCCGAAUGGGGCAAGAUCCCAGCCGGCGUCCCUCAAGGCACAAAGCUCGGCCCGCGGUUAUUUUGUAUUAUGACUAAUGAUCUAAGUGUUAAGGACGCUAACGAUUCAUGGAAAUAUGAUGACGACUCAUCCUUGUCGGAAUCAGUUCGUAGCGAUGGCUCAAGUAACUUACAAAAGUACGUAGAUGUAUUCAACCAGAAAUCAACAGCUGGUGGCUUUCAGAUUAGCGAAUCAAAAUGCAAAGAAUUUUGUAUAACCUUUGCACCAUCCACAAGUGAGUUCCAGCCAAUUACUAUUAAUGCGAAAAUUGUCGAACGUGUAACAUCGGUAAAAUUGCUGGGUCUAACCAUCUCAAAUAACCAGAAGUGCAAUAGUCAUAUUUCACACGUUUGUAAAAAUUUCGCUCUUCGUCUAUAUCUUUAAAGACAAUUUAAACGAGCGAAAUUACCAGCUAACGACUUAAUCCUUUUCUACUCCCCCUGUAUUCGACCAGUCAUCGAGUAUGCGUGCCAAGCAUUUCACGACUCUUUACCCAAAUAUCUGUUUGAUGAUCUUGCAUGAAAGACUUCAGAAACCAGCUUUUCGAAUAAUAUUCCUAGAACAAUACUACAAAGAAGCAUUGAGGAACACGAACAUCCCAUCACUUUAUGAUAGAAGACAGGAAUUAACAACAAAACUUUUUAAGGACAUAGUCAGUAACCCUGAACACAAAUUAAGGGAUUUGUUACAGCCAUGAAAUAAAGACAAUAGCCACUUUUUGCGUAAAAUAGGAAAUUUAACGUGCCACUUCAUAAAACGAACAGAUUUAGGAACAGUUUUAUCACUUAUAACUCUAAUAAGUUUUCAGAAUAACUUAGUAACUGUUUUACAUUGAAUAUGCUGGGUUUUUAAAUUAACCUAAUUUAAAUUAUAGCACUACAGAGUGUUUUAGUAACAAAUUAUAAGUCUGCGCAUAUGUGUAUGUGAAUGUGUAUUUUCAAGAAAUUUUAGUCUAAUCUUAUUCAUUUUCUUAAACAAAUACUUGUAAAAAUUAGUUUGUCUUUCUUAAUAUCUUUGUUAAUGAAGUUUAAUAUGUUGAAAUAACUGGCAUCCAAACCGCAGUUUGGAAAAACCCCAAGAAACCAGAAAACAAAAACACACAGCAAACAGAUUUUUGUGGCAUAUAUUAUGGGCAAGGAAGUGCUCGAACGGUCUAGAGGCUCUCGCUAACCUACGUUUUACCUAGAGGAACAGGCGGACCUCUAGAUUGCAGAGGGAGUGACGCGGCUCUGUGCAUGUUGUUCAGCGACAUAUGAGUCCUGAUGGUCUGGGGACCACCACUGGUAUACUGAGACAGUAUGGGUACUCAAGACCUGACAGAGCAUGCAAAAACUGUAGGUUUUUCAUAGAGGAAAAGGUGAACCUCUAGAUAACAGGGGAACAGGCGAACCCCCGUUCAGGUCAGUCAGCUCGUUGAUGUUGAGUACUAGUUGAACUGGUGAACAACUGAUGGUAACUCAACUGAAAUGACUUACCCAUCGAGUCUCUAGGUCAGGUCAUUAGGUCGCACUGCGACCUGAAUGACCUGUAAAAAUACACUUCACGUGGCGAAGUGUUGUCCAAAAGGACGGCACUUCCCUGCCAUUAUUUAUUUAUUUCAUUCUGCAAUUCUGGUACAGAUGUAUAAGUUAUAUAUUUACAUAAAUAAUUAAGCAAUUAGGCUGAAUUGGAUUGUAUAGAUCGAAAGCAUGUCGAUCUAUAGAUUGUAUAAGCAGGCAGGUUCGGCUCUGGGGUGGUGGGUGGGUUUUUUUGUAUACCAGGUUUUGGUAGCUUACGCUCUGGUUAGAAUAUUGCGAAUGAGGCGUGAAGCAUAUAGCCUGUAACUAAAUGUCUUUCACUAAGAAUGGGGCCAUUGUAUUGUUGCGACGGAUAUAUGUAAGAAGAGUUGAUUGAUUAAACCCAAGUGCAUGACGUGUUCACGUGCUGUUGCCAAGGUUCAAUCUCCUUUGGCAGCAUGAUUAGAAAGUAAUGCCUUGUUUUCCAAGUGCAGUAGUUUUGAUGACAGAUUGGCAUUUCCAUAAGGCAAAUAGAGUCUUCUUUGACAUAUUACUUCAUUAACCACAAUUUAUUGCGUUGCAUAAAUUGCAUAUUUAAUGAAGUUUAAUAUGUUGAAAUAACUGGCAUCCAAACCGCAGUUUGAAAAAAACCCAAGAAACCAGAAAACAAAAGCACACAGCAGACAGGUUUUUGUGGCAUAUAUUAUGGGCAAGGAAGUGCUCGAACGGUCUAGAGGCUCUCGCUAACCUACGUUUUACCUAGAGGAACAGGCGGACCUCUAGAUUGCAGAGGGAGUGACGCGGCUCUGUGCAUGUUGUUCAGCGACAUAUGAGUCCUGAUGGUCUGGGGACCACCGUUGGUAUACUGAGACAGUAUGGGUACUCAAGACCUGACAGAGCAUGCAAAAACUGUAGGUUUUUCAUAGAGGAACAGGUGAACCUCUAGAUAACAGGGGAACAGGCGAACCCCCGUUCAGGUCAGUCAGCUCGUUGAUGUUGAGUACUAGUUGAACUGGUGAACAACUGAUGGUAACUCAACUGAAAUGACUUACCCAUCGAGUCUCUAGGUCAGGUCAUUAGGUCGCACUGAAAAAUACACUUCACGUGGCGAAGUGUUGUCCAAAAGGACAGCACUUCCCUACCAUUAAUUGACGAUCUGUGCGAAGUACAGAUUGUUAUUUCAGCCACGGGAAGCCGAGUCGAAUUAUGCAUAUUUAUUAAUAUGCAGAGCAGAGGAGCGUUCGCCUAUGAGCAGUAAAUGAUGGAGGAGCAACUGGAUAAAAGAGAGGGAGGGUCUGGAAACAAUAGGGAGUAGUAAGUAAACUGUGUAAAAAAAUUUUGGGUUUCGGAGCCCAUUAGUUUGUUAGCACACUACAGGGUGUGUUUGGGCUUGUCGAGUGCUACUGGCUCUCUUGCGGAAAAACUGGUCGAGUUUUCAAUGUGUUCUGGCACAUUUGUGCUGUGUUUAAAUAGUGUAUAGGCCGAAAAAUAUAGAAAAGUAAAGUAAAGAAACAGGAAACGACCCUCGUAUGUAAUGGUGGUUUGUACCCCGUUUCAACGAUAGCUGUCCAUCCUUUAAUACUCCGCGCGCACAAAUAACAUAACCCGUCUACGGACGAGGAUGACGAGGUGAAAAGGCCUGAGGUGUACUAGAGAAUGCUGUUCACUGGAUGCUGACACUUAUGCUAAGGCUGGAUAAUCAGGGAGGCCAGGAAAAAACCUACAGUACAGGAAAACCUGGGUAGGGCCAAGAACACCAGCAGCUCCCCACAUAGCUCUAUUUUUACAAGUUUAAGAAGAAUCAGCAUCAUGGUAAACAACACCAUACCUAAGACUGCAAAAUAUAAAGAGUCGGGGCAAGGGUUAUAUUAGUAGUAGUGUUUAUACCCUCUGCAGGUUUUCAAAUUGGCUUGCAUUUUGAACUAGCUGUUGUUAGUUUAGACAGAGGCUUUUUCUUGAGCCAGUAUAAAUUGUUUAUAACCAUUUUUCCUGCAAGUAUCCAAGUUAGGUUAUAUUUUGAAUUCGCCAUUGUUUAAACUGGAUUAUACGGAGCUUCUGAGCGUUAUAUAUAAAACUAGUUAAACCUCAGUAUAAACCUCGUCCUCGCAAUUUAUGCAGGAACAUUUACAAUACAUAUAGAUAGUUCAUACGGUAGAAUGUUUUAGAGUUCCUAUGCAAGCUGAAAAACGGUGAGGCAGCAAUCCAGGGUUAAACGUCGGUACAGAUAGCACUUGUGAACAUCACCAGAACACAUCCAAGUUUGUUCUUCGCCUUAAAAACAAAAUGAAAGACGCAAGAGAAAAACGGGUGCUCUACAGUGAGAAUUUUGUGGAACUAGGUGGUUAAUUUAUAGGUAAAGAGAUAACUGAAUAUGAGAUACAGGUAGACGCCAUGUGUACAAUAUGUGUAUUGUACUGGAACGUGUAGUAUAUUGCGUAAGGUAAACUAUUGCGCAAAUUCGUUAUAUGACACGCAAUAAGUGCGGGAUUUUCCCAGGCAAGAGAUUAAUUAAUGGAAAAUAACUUUAAUUAAUCUUAUUAAAUAGCUCGUGAUGUGAUGCAGUUUUUCGAGUUAUCCUAAGUAAAUACUGCUAGCCAUAAUGUGUACGCUUGGGUAAAUUAACGAAAGAUAAAAUGAAGCCCCGUGUGCAAGCCACUGUAUGUACAGUUAGUGGAACAAAAUAGACAUCUGCACAAAGAAAACAUUUAAUUAACGUGCUACAGCUGCUACAGUAUAACUUCUUUAGUUGGGAUUUCUUCGAGGUCAAUUUAAGUAUAUCAUGAACAUCUCAUUUAACUAGGACAAACCGUACGUCCUUAUAACUAGGAUAAACCGUCCUUAUAACUAGGAUAAACCGUCCUGAUAACUAGGUUAAACCGUCCUUAUAACUAGGAUAAACCGUCCUUUAUAUAACAAGGAUAAAAAAAAACCCACAUCGUACUGGGUGUAAUUUUUUGUAGUUGAAUACAAUGUUCGUACGACUGGCAUAAAUUGAUACAAAGUAGGCUAUCAAUAGCAGCUAGAAAUGUGUUAAGACUUGUGCACAGGAAGAUAGCCUCAUGGGACCGAGGCUAAUAUAUAUACCAGAGGGUGUAUACAAUUUAAGUACGAGUAGAAAGUAGCAGUACAAGAAGGCUGUAAUACAGCUGCUAUGACAUACAAGGAAAACCCGUCAUGCUACUGAGUGAAACUGUUUUGUUUGAGUCAAUGCGCCAAAAUAGUUCCCGCCUGAGCGAAUAGUGGAUGCGACACGACUAGUUCGAAUACAAGCAAGGGGAAUAAAUGGAGAGUUGUGUAAUGUAUCAAACCACAUCUAUUGAUCUACAUAUGCAGUUAAAUUACGUGUUGUUUGUAUGGUAUUAUUCGACGUAGCAAGAUCAUGCAACUAGAGAUAAUAUAAGAUAGCACAUAACCUGGGGUAAGCGCGAAUGCAUAGCCUACGAAUACUGUUCAAUACAAAAUGCGACUCAUGCAUGACACAGGACCAGAUCGAGUAACAUAUGGUUACAUAGUACUAGUGUAGCCUAACAGCAGUAAAUUCAAGAACUUAUAUUAGGGAUGUAAAUAAACAAUAUGGAACGAACUCACUCCGUUUGAGGUCCCAGAACGUGGAUUACAAGCUGCGGCAAUAUUCUGGUUCUGGAACACCGCAUGCACGGCCGGCAUGGGAUCUUGUGCAUCUCAGGAUAACUGUGAGUCUGUACCGUCCUUGUUCUUCUGAUCUUGCUCAUUACUGUUGCCAUUUGUUCGAAGAUUGGUGGUCGAAUCGGAGAGCAAAACGGUUCUCUUUACUUUGUCUUUUUUUUUUGUAUACCAGGUUUUGGUAGCUUACGCUCUGGUUAGAAUAUUGCGAAUGAGGCGUGAAGCAUAUAGCCUGUAACUAAAUAUCUUUCACUAAGAAUGGGGCCAUUGUAUUGUUGCGACGGAUAUAUGUAAGAAGAGUUGAUUGAUUAAACCCAAGUGCAUGACGUGUUCACGUGCUGUUCCCAAGGUUCAAUCUCCUUUGGCAGCAUGAUUAGAAAGUAAUGCCUUGUUUUCCAAGUGCAGUAGUUUUGUAUUGGCAUUUCCAUAAGGCAAAUAGAGUCUUCUUUGACAUAUUACUUCAUUAACCACAAUUUAUUGCGUUGCAUAAAUUGCAUAUUAGACCUAACAUAUUUCAGCAGUGGAAUUAGAUAUAUUCUGGGGCUGUAAGUUUGGUGUCAAAUAAACUAUACAAAAUUAUAACAGUACUCCGAAUAAAAUUUUGAUUUUUAAUCGACGUUUCGACUAGUUUGUAGUCAUCCUCAGGAUGACUACAAACCUGAGGAUGACUACAAACUAGUUAAAACGUCGAUUAAAAAUCAAAAUGUUAUUCGGAGUGUUAUUUGUAUUUUCUUAAUAUACUGAAUAUGGUUUCCGAAAUGAACUAUCAAACUGAACUAUUUUCAGAUAACAAAAUUGAUGAUCUUAACUCACUUUUUUACGCAAGAUCUUAACUCACAUUUUUUAUUUUUAUAGCUUUAACAGACAUCAGGUUUGAUUUACCACCAAGUAGUAAUCAUUUCCAGCCAAAGUUUCAACUGAAAUUUAAGAAAGAUAACACUUGGUAUUCAGUGAACGCAUCAGAAUACAGUGUGACUGCAUCUGAGGUACAGGAAUAUUGUGUAUGGAGAUCGACGCAUCGUAAUUAUACGAUAUUCUGAAGUAGUUUUUUUAAUCAUUGUGAUUAAUCAAAUGAAAUAUGUUUGCAAGAAAUCGUCAAAACAAGAAAUUAAAUGUUUAGUAUUUCGCCGUCGUCAUGCAGUCGCUAUAAGAGACCUUACGAUUUAGGACGGCAACGCGACGGAAACGGCUAUCAAUACAAUAGAUCAUUGAAAAGAAUUGAGUAAUUACAAUAUAUGAGUAAUUUAGACAUUGUCCUCGCUCUGCAUGUUUACAAAGCUAAAUCACAAAUUCAUGAAUAGUAUAAUAAUAAACUGAUUUAUUCAAGAGUAUUUCCUAUAAAGCUCUUCAUCUGUUGACGACUGUUACCAGCAAGCCCAUGAUUACUUUAACGUAGGCGCCGUCAUAUUUCAUUUUCUCUCGAUCAUUUUCGGAAAAUUAACUACGGAAUUAAUUUCCUUGACUUUGUUUUACAGGUUACCGAUACGUCGUUUGAAGUGAUAAAAUUAUACUCACCAAAUAAAGGAUUGGUUGUACUUCGAUCGAAUAAAAAGCUGGACGACGAUGAUCUUUUUCUGAGUAGUAAUGGAGCUGGAUACAUGCAACUGAAAGUUUGGAAUAAACCAGUCCGAUGUCCUCCUAGAACAACCUCAGAAGUCGACCCUGCCUUGUUGUUUCGUGUGGUCAGACCGUUGGGACAGAACUAAAGUUUAGCUUAAGAAUAUAUUUGCUACGAGCUGUUCAAUUUGAGUUCUUUCAUAAUCAUAGGUAGCUUUGAUCAUACCAUAUUUUAAAAAUCAUUGACCUUCAUCUGCCUCCUAAAGACUCGUAAGAUUGAUAUAAUUAAACUUUGAUAUAAAUCAGUUCUUUUCUUUAAAAAGGAUAAAUUAAUCAGGGCCGUCCUCAAGGAAUUCUUCAGAGGGGGCAAAUAUUAAAGUUUGUAAUUAUGCACCUACAUUUUUAUCACAAUUGUAAUCAGUAAGGAUAAUUAUAUACUCUUUACUCACUAAAAUCCAAUAAAUUUCAUUAAACCGUACACGUCAGUAUCAUAAUUUAAACUGGAAAAUACCUGUAUGCAGAAACCUAGGCCACGCCUUGCUGACAAAACCAUUGUAUUUUCCGAACAGGAAGUAUUUAAAGUAGUUCAUAGUUGUCAUGGAAACACGAUAAUUUUUUAAGAAUAUUUUUACAAAUGAAAAAUCCCCUAAAAAUAUGACUUCUAAUUACAAAAUCAUCAAUAUCC